GUGCACAGGGCUGGUUUGGGGUGCACAGGGCUGGUUCGGGGUGCACAGGGCUGGUUUGGGGUGCACAGGGUUUGGGAUGCACAGGUUUCGGGGUGCACAGGGCCGGUUUGGGGUGCACAGGGCUGGUUUGGGGUCCCCAGGGGCCGCCCGGGGCGGCUCCAUGGCCGGGCUGUCAUUUCCCGACACCCCCAUUUCCAGCCCCAGGCGGGUGCGGGUUGAGGGGCCCGUGGGGUCCCCAGGGGCAGCCGGGACCUGCUGCUGGGGGACCCCCCGCUGCUCCCCGGCAUUGGGGACCCAGGGGUGUGACCAGGACACCCCCCACUGUCACCGCUUCCCCUUGGGGCCGCUUCCUGCUCCGCUCUCCAUGGGGUCACUGGGGGUCCGUGGGGACAGGGCAGGCGACACCGUCACCCAGGACCCCCAGUGUCCCACCGCGGGGACCCAGCCGGGAGGUUGGGGGGUGUGUAGGGGGCACAGGGCGGCUGUGGGGACCCCCCGCACCGGUUUGUCCCCACACGAGGCAGGUGGCAGGACACUAAAGGGCCGCGUGUCCUCGGCUCAGCCGUCACCACCGCUAAAAAUACCCCCGGGGGGUCCGCCCGCGGGGACGGGGUCCUGGGGACAGACUGAGCCGCUGCGGUGACCGCGUCCCCGCAGCCCCAGUGGGGUGUGACCCCCAGAUAAUGGGGUGUAAUCCCUGGGUUGCGGAGCCACCGCGCUGUCCCCGCUCUGGGUGUCCACAUUGGGACCAUUCCCCCCCCGUGUGGCAGCGGCUGGGCGGCGUGGUGCCCCGGUGCCGCGCGGAGGGGGUGACGGCCGUGGGGUGUGACGUGGGUGUUCGCAGCCUCCUCGCCCGCUUCCUUCCCCUUUCCCGCCCGCCCUGCAGCCGCCUCCGGGACCCUCCUGCGGCGCCCGGCAAGCGGGGGGCACCGCGGACAGGGAGGGGGCGCGUGGGGGGGUCUGCGGGCCAGGGGUGCAGCCGCCAAAACUGGGGGGGGCCACGCUGGAGGGGGGCUCGCAGCCCAGAGCCGCUGCUCCAGGGGUGUCCCCGGUGUUGCGCCGGGGUGGGGUGCUGUCCCCCCUCCCCAAACCGUGGGGGUCUCUGUCACAUCGCGGCGUGACCGGAAACCUCCUCCCUUCCCGUCGCCGGCGCUUUCGCCCCGUCAGCUCCGCCGUGUGACAGAGGAGCUUUCCCUGCCCUGCGCAGCGCGACGGGGGGACCCGUGGGGCAGGUUUGGGGGGUGACCCCGUCCCGCUGUCCCCCCGCAGAUGCCGUGAGCCAUGUCGGACGAGAAGCCCCCGCAGCUGGUGGACUACUUCGUGGUGGCCGGACUGACGGACACGUCGCGGCCGCUGGAGGAGGAGAACCAGCAGCACCGCGCGGCGCGGCCCAGCGAGCCCAUCACCGACGUGGCCGUCAUCAUCCGCUCGCAGGGCGAGGAGGUGCCGCACGGCUUCACCUGCAUCGAGACCACCACCUCGGGCCACCCCGUGGACCUCAACGCCGGGCUGCUCAACAACCCCCAGAUGUUCCUGUGCUACAAGCGGGGCCGCGACAAGCCGCCGCUCAUCGAGUUGGGGGUGCACUACGAGGGGAAGGACCGCCCGAAAGCGGGCUACAAGAUCCUGGAAACGACGCCGUACAGCCGCUCGGCCAACCUCAACUCGGGGGGGCCGGGGCACCAACGCACCUUCCUGACGUACCGGCGGGCGGCCGAGCCCCACGGCCACAACACGCUGGGGGUCACCGACAUCUGCCUCGUCAUGCCCAGCAAGGGCGAGAGCACCCCCCACACCUUCUGCCGGGUGGACAAGAAUCUCAACACCAGCAUGUGGGGCCCGGCGCUGUUCCUCUGCUACAAGAUCGCCAUGGCCAAGGCCAACACGCUGGUCUACGAAGCAGGGCUGCUGGGGCGUUACCCGGAGCAGGACAGCGAGUCCUUCCCCCUCCCCAAAUCGGUGCCCGUGUUCUGCCUGCCCAUGGGGGCCACCAUCGAGAGCUGGCCGGCCGACACCAAGUACCCGCUGCCCGUCUUCUCCACCUUCGUGCUCACCGGCGCUUCGGGCGACAAGGUGUACGGGGCGGCCAUCCAGUUCCACGAGGCGUUUCCGCGGGAGCGGCUGUCGGAGAAGCAGAGCCUGCGCCUGGGGCUGCUGAGCGUGGUGGACCGGCGGCCCGUGGGCGGCCGCUCGCUGCAGACGCGCAAGAGCAUCUGCGUCCUCUCGCACUGGCCCUUCUUCGACGUCUUCCGCAAGUUCCUCAUGUUCAUCUACCGCUACUCCAUCUCGGGGCCCCACGUGCUGCCCCUCGAGACGCACAUCUCGCAUUUCAUGCACAACGUCCCCUUCCCGUCCCCGCAGCGGCCGCGCAUCCUGGUCCAGAUGUCCCCGUACGACAACCUGCUGCUGUGCCGGCCCGUCUCCUCCCCGCUGCCGCUCAGCGGCGCCAGCUUCCUGACGCUGCUGCAGAACCUGGGCCCCGAGAACGCGGUGGCUCUGCUGGUGGCCGUCCUGACCGAGCAGAAGCUGCUCGUCCACUCCCUGCGCCCCGACGUCCUCACCAGCGUGGGCGAAGCGCUGGUGGCGAUGAUCUUCCCCCUGCGCUGGCAGUGCCCCUACAUCCCGCUGUGCCCGCUGGCGCUGGCUGACGUGCUGUGUGCCCCCGUGCCCUUCAUUGUAGGCAUCCACUCCAGCUACUUCGACCUCUACGAGCCCCCCCGCGACGUCAUCUUCGUCGAUUUGGACACCAACACCAUCUUCCAGAGCGAGGAGCGCAAGCUGCUGUCCCCGCGCGCGCUGCCCCGCCGGCCCUGCAAGGUGCUGCUGGCCUCGCUGCACAACAUCUCCCAGCAGCUGGACGAGCUGUACAGCGGGCCGGGGGAGGAGGCGUCGCUGGAGCUGCUGCUGAGCGACGCGGAGGCGGCGCGGGGCCGGCGGGCGCAGCUGGAGCUGGAGGCGCGCGCGGCGUUCCUGCGGUUCAUGGCCUGCGCCCUGCGCGGGUACCGCUCCUUCCUGCGCCCCAUCGCCCCGGCCCCCGCGCCCGCCGGCCGCGACACCGGCAGCCUCUUCGCUCUGCAGGGGUUCCUCAAGUCGCGGGACCGCGCGUACCACCGCUUCUACGGGCAGCUGCUGCGCACGCAGCUGUUCACGCAGUUCAUCGAGGACUGCUCCUUCGCCAGCGACCGCGACCCCUGCCUCGAGUUCUUCGACACCUGCGUGGACAAGGUGCAGGCAGAGCUGGAGAAGCCGGAGGACACCCCCCUGAUGGAGCUGGACGACCCGCGGGGGGGCGAACACACUGUCUUCAUCACCCCCCCCGAGGAGCCGGUGGGGCCCGACGGCACCGAGCUGCCUGCGCUGUACCGCUACGACGGGUUCCCCACGCUGCGCCCCGAGCUCCUGGAGCCCCCCCGGGACCCGCUGGUGGCCCAGCUGUGCCAGGCCCGCAGCAGCGCGCCCAGCAGCCCGGCCCCGCGCCGCACCAAGCAGGAGAUGAAGGUGGCUCAGCGCGUGGCCCAGAAAUACUCCUCGGUGCCCGACAUGUGGGCCAAGUGCCUGCUGGGCCACUGCUACGGGCUCUGGUUCCUCUACCUGCCCACCCACGUCCGCGCCGCCCCCGCCAAACUGCGCGCGCUGCAACUGGCCUACGAUGUGCUGCGCAAGAUGGAGGCGCACAAAGUGGUGCUGCCGGACGAGGUCUGCUACCGCAUCCUGAUGCAGCUGUGCGGGCAGUACGGCGAGCCGGUGCUGUCGGUGCGGGUGCUGCUGGAGAUGAAACGCGCCGGCAUCGUGCCCAACACCAUCACCUACGGCUACUACAACAAGGCGGUGCUGGAGAGCAAGUGGCCGGCGGGGACGCAGAGCGGGCGCCUGCGCUGGGCCAAGCUCCGCAACGUGGUGCUGGGGGCUGCCCAGUUUCGGCAGCCCCUGCGGCAGCGGGAGCGCCGGGCGGCCGCCGCCACCGCCCCGGGUAUGUGGGGGACAGGGACGGGCUUGGGGGGCCACCGUCACCUCGCUGACACCCCCUCGCUCCCCUCCACAGCCACUCCGGCACCCCGGCCCAGCCUGCAGCGCCAAACCACCUGGGCUGGUCGCAGCCUGCGGGACCCCCCCCCGGCGCCCCGGCUGGUGAAGAGCGGCAGCCUCAGUUUCCACAGCGAGGGCGGCCGGGGGGGGCCGGGGGAGCCCCCCACCACCCGGGCCUCCCCUCUCCCCGCGGCCCCGGAGCCGCUGCCCCCCCGGCUGCGCGGCCCCCCCGGCUCUGCCGACGGGAGCCUGUCGGACGUCAGCUUCGCCACGGACGAGAGCGACCGGGCGGACGAGGCGCCGGCGGCGGGGGGGGGCACGCCGCGGCGGGGGCUGGCGGCCAAGCUGCAGCAGCUGCUGUCCCCUGGCAAACGGCCCUCGCUGCGCCCCCCCCCGGCCAGCGCCGAGCCCCCCCCCGGCCCCCGGGACCCCGAGCAGCGUGACGGGGAACCCCCCCCGCGCCGCAGCCCCGCCAGCACGCUGCUGCGCCCACGGGAGCGCCCUGAAUCCACCGCCUCCGAGAGCUCCGUGUCGCUGGGCAGCGAGCUGGACCUGUCGGACACGUCGGUGGGGAGCACCGGUGUCCCCAGAUCCGAGCCGCCCGCUGAUGGGGCAACCGGGCAGGAGCCGCCUGCUGUGGAGGUGCUGCUGUCCAGCUGCUCGCGGUGCCAGGGCUGCGGCGCGCUGGUGUACGACGAGGAGGUGAUGGCCGGCUGGACCUCGGACGACUCCAACCUCAACACCACCUGCCCGUUCUGCGCCCGAGCCUUCGUCCCCUUCCUCAGCAUCGAGAUCCAGGACUUCCAGCUGCCCCCCAGCGCCGCCGAAGACGCCUCCGUCCCUCCCGCCGCCGCGCAGGGGCCGGUGCUCAGCGACCGCCGCCGCUGCCUGGCCCUGGACGAGGCCAAGCCGGAGCUCUGCAACGGCGUCCCGGACACACCGGCGCCGUGGCGCUCGGAGCGAGUGGCUUUCGCCUACCUGAGCCCCUUGGUGCUGCGGAAGGAGCUGGAGAGUUUGGUGGAGAACGAAGGGGGGGAGUUUUUGGCGCAGCCGGAGCUGGUGGACAGUCACCCCAUCAUCUACUGGAACCUCGUCUGGUACUUCCAGCGCCUGGGGCUGCCCAGCAACCUCCCCCGCCUGCUCCUGGGCUCCCAGCACGUCGCUCCGGCCACGCAGGCGCAGCCCCCCGAGUCCCCAUCGGUUCGUGUGCGGCUGCUGUGGGACGUGCUGGCCCCCGAGCCCGACAGCUGCCCCCCGCUUUACGUCCUCUGGAGGCUUCACAGUAACGUCCCCACGCGGCUGCGGUCCUGGCGGCCCCACGGCUCCCCCUUCUCGCUGGCGUUCCUGGAGAGCCUGCUGAGCCACGUGGGGCUGAGCGAGGUGCACAAAGCCAUCGCGCUCUUCCUCGAGACGCUGGCCGCCCCGGGGGGGCCGCGACACAUGCCCAGGAGCAUCUACCGCGAGCUGCUGUUCCUCACGCUGGCGGCGCUGGGCAGGGAGCACAUGGAUAUCGCUGCUUUCGACAAGAAAUACAAGUCUGCGUACGCCAAGCUGGCCGGGAGCCUGGGCAAGGACGAGCUGCGGCGGCGGCGGGCGCAGCCCCCCAGCUCCAAAGCCAUCGACUGCCGCAAGAGCUUCGGGGCCACCCUGGAGUGUUAGGGGAGGGGGGGACACCCCAAAACCCCCCCCCCCCCAGCCCUGAGGCUCCUCCUGCAGGGUUUUAUAUGUCAGUAUUAAUAUAUUUUUAUUUAUUUAUUCACCCCCUCCUCGCUUGUGGGCAUCAGUGGGGGGGGGGGGCUGCACAUCCCUCCCCCCCACCCAUCUCUGACCCCCGGGGGGGGGGGUUGGGGGUGCCCCCCCUCCCCCUCCCCCACACUGUGCAAUAGGAACCCCCCGCCCCGGGGGGGCUGUAAAUAAAAAAGCGGCUGCGGUUAUUUUC